UAUAUUAUUUAAUAUGGCCGAUGACCGUUGCCUUUUUUCGAAAUGCCGGUAUUUUUGUGUAUAUCGUGAGUAUAAAUAGUUGAAAUGCUCUCAAAUUUUUAGGAACAAUAUUUUAAUGAACACCUUGAGCUUUUCAUGUUAUUAUCAUUAAAAUUGUUUUUGGACUUGAGUGUAUUAAGAUUGAAGCAGCAUGGCAGCGGAAAUAAAUGAUAAUACGCAAACCCAAACUCAAACCCAAAAUUCUCAAGUGGAAUGGACCCAAUCAAACACUCCUACACCGAUACCUAAUAUCUGGGGAAGACUAUAUCUUUUGAAUUCAUGGAGAAAAGAAUGCGUCCUUAAUCUUGACCCAUACUAUGAUCUCACAGAACCCGAGUUUUCGGUUGGUCGAGCGUUAGAUUCUACUUUUCCAAUUAAAAAAGAUACUGCAAGAAUUGAUAUUAUUAAAAAUGUUAGCAAACGUCAUUUUAUUAUUAUGAGAGAUAGAUCAGAGACAUCAAAUCCAGCAGUCUUAACGGAUACAUCUUACAAUGGGACUUACAUAAAUAGUGUUUUAAUUGGAAAAGGGAAGAGCAGAGUUUUGGAUGACAAUGACGUGAUAGCAAUCACUCAUCCUACAAUAAGUAUGUUCACUUUUAAAGAUCUACUUAAAAAUGAGCAAGACAAAGUACCUAAAGAAAUAGCUCAAAAGUAUUAUAUUUCAAGGGUACUUGGCCAAGGUGCAUGUGGUGUGGUCAAAUUAGUUUAUAACAAAUUGACUUGUAUGAAAUUUGCGAUGAAAGUUGUGAAGAAAGGCAAAUUGACAAAUGGACAAGUUAAUAAUUUAACAGACCCUGUCAAAGUUAUGAAUGAGGUGAACAUUUUGAAAGCUUUAAGACAUCCUUGUGUGACAUCAGUGGAAGAAAUAUUUGACUCUCGUGAAGCUGUGUACAUAGUGUUGGAGCUGAUGCAGGGAGGGGAACUGUUUGACCGUAUCACAAGAUAUGGGCGGCUGUCGGAGAGGCUGACCAAAUUCUACUUUAAACAAAUGGUGCUAGCCGUCCAGUACUUACACUCUCAAGGCAUUACUCACAGAGACCUAAAACCUGAGAAUGUGCUACUUGAGAGUAAGGAAGACGAAAGCCUGGUGAAGAUAACGGACUUUGGUCUCAGCAAGUAUGUGGGCGAAGACAGCUUCAUGAAGACAAUGUGUGGGACACCUAUCUACCUUGCACCUGAAGUACUACGAGCUAAUGGAGUGGGAUGCUACGGACCAGAGGUCGAUGUAUGGUGCCUGGGUGUUAUAUUCUUUAUAUGUCUGGUGGGUUACUUGCCAUUCUCCCCGGAGUACCAAGAGCUCCCCUUGAGCGAGCAAAUACUCUCAGGCCGCUAUCGGUACUCGUCUAGUUGCUGGCGUGACGUCAGUCUUCAAGCCAAGCUGCUGAUGAAGAGAAUGCUUACCGUCAAUGUACGAAGGCGCAUCUCCCUAGAGCAAAUAUUAAAGCACCCGUGGAUGCAGGAUGACGAUAUAAACCUAAGGAUUAAUGUUUUGUUGUCGCAACAUCAAUUAAAAAAUGGAAACGAAGAGAAUAAUAACGAGAAAGCCGUAGCUGUCGUCCGCCUAGUAGCAGCUAAUAAGAGACCACUCAGUGACUCAUCAAAUACGGCUGAGCCGAUUGCCAAAAAGGUUAAAGUUGGGAGAAAAGACGAAAAUGAUGACACUAGUUCAGCUACUAGCUGCUGCUCAUAUGAAUGAUUCUUAUUUUGACAAUCAAUGUUAAGGACAGAAUGACUGACAGAUUGAACUGUCAAGUAAAUGACAAUGACUGGUUCAUUUGAAACAACAUUCUUAUUGCCAUUUGCGCUAAACUUUCAAGUAAUGUUAUAGCAUUCUUAUUUUGACAAGACGAUACAUAACACUUUGAGCCUUUUAAGCGCGUUUUUCAAUUUAAUUUUAAAAAAAAUUAAAAGAGCGCGAAUUAUUAUCUAUCUGAAGGGCUAUUUGACAUUUCUUUUGUAUCGCUUAAACUACUUAAAUGAUAAUUUGAAUAUUAGUUAGAUUGUUGGAUUAUGUUUAUAUAUGUUCAAAUAAAUAUUAAUAUUUUUUUUUAAAUUUUAAUUGUUGUCAAAUCUACGGAAGUUGUAGCUAUUAUUUUAACUAGUUCUUAAAAUUGCAGCAUAUAAACCUUUUCAAACUGAACAUAUUUCAUUAGUAUGAACUAUCUUAUUAAUAUACGAUGUCGAAAAUAGUGUUAUAAUUAAGCGCGUUUUAAUUCAGUAUUUUUACCUAGAUUUAGUUUAAAUAAUUAUCCCACCUAUAAUUUUAAUGAUACUCAUGUUAAAAAUUUUAGUUUAUAUGAUGCCUUGUUAAUAUUUCUUGAUCUGUUCUGAUAAGGUAAGUCCAGGAUUUGAACCCAAAGACAUGUUUGACAACACACUGUUUUUCGAGGUUGAGAAAUAUUUUGUUUUAUGUUUGUUUUUUAAUGAUGUUUAGUUCCUGAGAAUGUUUUGAUUUUGAUUGUUAUUUUAAAUUUUAGUUUUUAACUACCUCGUGAUAUUACCAAUGUUAUCGUAGAAGUUACACCAAAAUUAUGGUUGAUGUUUAUGCAUCUUAGCUAUGGAUUCGGUAAUGUUUGUACUUAAAUUUGUAUUAAACUGGUUGAAUAGUUCUCUUUUAACUAUAUUUGUGACAAAAUUCUUUACUGUUUAUAUUUGUUUCCAUAAGAACAAUAAGUUCUUUAAUAAAACGAACUAAAAAUUAUUUUAGUUUUAAAAUAGUUUAUUAAUGUUUUGAAAUUGAAAUUUGAUUUCUAUAUUACAAAGUACAUAAUUAUUCAACUGAAUUAUUGUAAAAGAAGUUUUGUGCCAUAAAUUGAUUUUUAUUCAAAUAAAA